AGUUGACCAUGGACAAGGACCUCCUGGGCAAGCGCACCAAGCAGCACCGCAAGUCCACGAGCGGCGCCAAGGUCAACAAGAAGAAGCGCAACGACGCGCAGAAGAACGAGCAGGCCAAGAAUGCCAAGAACAACCCGAAGGCCUUUGGCGUCUCCAAGAUUGGCAAGGCCAAGCGCAUGACGCAGCGCAACCUUGACAAGGCCCACCAAAAGGAGUACGUGCCGCAGGUGGACCGCAUGGAGGACACGCCGCCGCCUGUCUCGGUCGUCGUCAUGGGCCCGCCUGGCUCGGGCAAGUCGACGCUCAUCCGGUCGCUCGUCAAGCGCUACACGCGCCACAACAUUGGCGAGAUCAAGGGCCCGGUCACGGUCAUUAGCGGCAAGGACCGCCGCAUCACGUUCUUCGAGUGCCCCAACGACCUCAACGCAAUGAUCGAUCUGGCCAAGAUUGCCGACCUCGUCUUGCUCAUGGUCGACGCUAGCUUUGGUUUCGAGAUGGAGACGUUCGAGUUCCUCAACAUCCUUCAAGUCUCGGGCUUCCCCAAGGUCAUGGGCAUCCUCACGCACCUCGACAAGUUCAAGAACAACAAGAGUCUGCGCCAGACCAAGAAGCGCCUCAAGAGCCGCUUCUGGACCGAAAUUUACCAGGGCGCCAAGCUCUUUUACUUUUCCGGCAUCGUCUCCAACAAGUACCCCAAGGGCGAAAUCAACAACAUGAUGCUGUACAUUGCGCGCAUCAAGUUCCGCCCGCUCACAUGGCGCAACUCGCACCCGUAUCUGCUUGUCGACCGCUUUGAAGACGUGACGCACCCCGACGCGAUCCAGCAAAACCCCGUGUGCGAUCGCAAGAUCACGCUGUACGGGUACCUCCGUGGCACGCACCUCAAGCCCGGCAUGAAGGUCCACGUCGCCGGCGCCGGCGACUUUUACAUGGAGUCGGUCACGUCGCUCCCGGACCCGUGCCCGCUGCCGUCCAAGAGCAGCGACAAGGUCAAGAAGCAUCUCUCGCAGAAGGACAUUAUGCUCUACGCGCCCAUGUCCGACGUCGGCAACAUUAUGUUUGACAAGGACGCCGUGUACAUCAACCUCGGGACCGUCAACUACUCGAAGAAGGACGACAUUGAGGGCGACGGCGACGAGACCGUCCAAGGCAAGGGCGGCGAAGGCACGGACAUGGUCCAGAGUCUCCAGCAGAUCGAGUCGGGCCUCGGCAUUGACGAGCGUCUCAAGGGCGCAACCAUGUCGCUCUUCAAGAACACGGCGGCGAUCCGCGCGGACGAGCUCGACAGCGAUGACGACGUCCAGGACGACGAAGAUGACGCUGACAGCGACGAUGACGACGACGACGACGACGAGGACGAAGAUGACGACGAUGAUGACGAGGACGCGUCCAAGGCGCGCAAGUCCAACCCGAAGGAGAGUAUCGAGACGGACGCGUCGGGGCGCGUGCGUCGCCGCGCUGUCUUUGACAUGAACCAGGCCGACUCGGGCAACGACGACGAAGCCAUGCGUGACGGCUCGUCCUCGGACGACAAUGACAGCGAAGACGAAGAUGAGGACGAAGACGAGGAAGAAGAAGCGCCGGCGUCGGCGGAGGCGUCGCAGAUGCGCUGGAAGGACAAGCUUGUCGAGCGCGCGGCCAUGAACUUUCUCGAGCGCGAGCAGAGCGACAUCAACCUCAUGGAGCUCGUGUACGGUGCGACGGAGAAGCUGCACAUUGCGGACGCUGAUGCUGCCCGCGCCAACGACAGUGAGAACGACGACGACGAUGACGACGACGAUUUCUUCCGGCCCAAGAACGCCGCCAACAAGAAGAAGGACAAGAAGUCGGCGUCGGCCGCGGACGAUGGCGAUGACAUCAACAGCCUCGACUCGAGCAAGUACGUUCCGGCCGAGCUCCAGGCGUGGGACAUGCCCGACCUCCUCGAGAGUCUCCGCAACAAGUUUGUCACGGGCUCGUGGAAGAAGCCGACGGCCGGUGACGACGACGUCGACAUGGGUGACGAUGACGUCGAUGGGUCGUUUGAGGACCUGGAGACGGGAGAAGUCCAUCGUGGCAUGGACGACGAUGCGAACGACGACGACGACGACGUUGGCAGCGACGACGACACCCCGAAGACGAGUCGCCCGAAGAGAUGCGGAAGCGCAUCGGCGAAGAGAAGGCGCGGAAGCGCGCCAACUUGGACUCGGACGACGACAAGGACAAGGAAGAGGAGGACGAAGAGAUCACCGAGAUCAUGGCCGAGGCCAAGCGUCUCAAGGAAACCCAAGCGCUUCGCAACGCCGAAGAGUUUGGCAAGGAAGGCGAAGACACGCGUCUCCAGCUCGAGGGCUUCCGCAACGGGCUCUACGUGCGCAUCGAGAUCCACGGUGUCCCGAGCGAGUUUGUCACGUGCGCCAACCCGACGACGCCGAUCGUGGUCGGCGGCCUCCUCCCGCACGAACACGCCCUUGGCCUCAUGCGUCUCCGCAUCAAGAAGCACCGCUGGCACCGCAAGGUGCUCAAGGCCAACGACCCGCUCGUGUUUUCGAUUGGCUGGCGGCGGUUCCAGUCGCUCCCGCUCUUCUCGAUCGAAGACCAGAACGAGCGCCAUCGGUACCUCAAGUACACACCCGAGCACAUGCACUGCUCGGCGACGAUCUACGCGCCGAUCUGCCCGCCCAACACGGGUGUCAUGGCCUUCCAAAACAUGUCCAACAAGGUCGACGGCUUCCGCGUGAGCGCGACCGGCGUCGUCCUCGAGCUCGACCACACGUUCUCGGUGAUGAAGAAGCUCAAGCUCAUUGGCCACCCGACCAAAGUGCACAAGAACACGGCGUUCAUCAAGGGCAUGUUCAACACGGAGCUCGAAGUCGCCAAGUUUGAGGGCGCGAGCCUCCGCACGGUCAGUGGCAUUCGUGGCCAGGUCAAGAAAGCGCAGCGCGGCGGCAAGGGCGACUUCCGUGCGACGUUUGAAGACAAGAUUCUCAAGUCGGACAUUGUGUUUUGCCGCACGUGGGUCCCGGUCGAGCCCAAGCUGCUGUACAACCCGGUCACGUCGCUUCUCGAUCCCAAGUGGCGCCGCAUGAAGACCAUGCGCGAGCUGCGGCAGCAAAAUCAGCUCCCGAUUCCCGUCAACCCCGACUCGGUCUACAAGCCGAUCGAGCGCAAGGCCAAAAUCUUCAACCCGCUCCGCGUGCCGGCCAAGCUCCAGGCGCAGCUCCCGUUUGCGAGCAAGCCCAAGUUGGACAAGAAGAAGGGCAAGAAGACCGAGUCGUAUGUCACCAAGCGCGCGGUCGUUCUCGAGCCCGAGGAACGCAAGAAGUACGCACUCAUUCAGCAAGUCAACACGCUCCGCCGCGAAAAGAAUGCGAUCCGCGUCGCCAAGCAAAAGGAGCGGUCCAAGGAAAACCUCAAGCGCAAGGCCCGCGAAGAAGCCAAGUUUGCCGACGUGCACAAGGCCGAGAAGAAAGCCAAGUACCGCGCCGCGGGCAAGGAGGCGGCGUACCGUGCGUCCAAGGCGUAGAAGCGUUUCCACUGUAUUUCGUAUUGCUAGAUACUACAACACAUCAACCCUAGACUGCACGAGCCAGGUUGAAAAAGUUGGGUCGAGCUACAUGAACGUGAUUCGCGCUAUCGUUGUUGUAGUAUACAGUAUACACAAUUUGCA